GGGGCCUUAUAAACUCAAGUGGGAAACUUUGGUUUCUUUAUACAGUAGCGCACGCAGUCGGAAAAAGAGAGUAAUUUUUCCCGCCAUGGUAUCAAUGGAAGUGGAUUCAGAGAAGAAGCCUCUCCAGCGAAAACAAUGCCUUUACCAAUCUUUCGACGAGGGUUUUGGGAUUGAGAAGGAGGUGUACAGAGGUCAACAGUACAGCCAAAUAUACUUUGCGAGGCUCCAUUUGAUGCGUACUCUCCUUUACUCUCUCAUUCCCAACUGGAAACCCCAUUUACCUGUCUGUACUGUUCUGAGAUUAGAGGAAGGCAAAGAAUGCAUUAUUGUUGGGACUCUCUACAAGCACAUGAAGCUUAAACCUUCUAUUCUUGAUGAGUACUCUAAGGAGCGAUCUGCUUCACCGCUUGUACAGCGUCAUAACUUUACGCAUCCAGAUGAUAGUUUAGUUCUGGAAGAUGAAAGCGGAAGAGUCAAACUAAGCGGUUCUUUGCUUUUGCCGUCUACAUAUGUAACAGGUAAUAUUAUUGCAUUGCAUGGAAAAGAAACUAGUGCUGGUGACUUUUUGAUUGAAGAUAUUCUAGAGGCUGGCCUACCACAGCAAAUAGAGCGACCAAUUCAAUUAGGUGAAGAUAAAUAUGUGGUUUUCAUAUCUGGUUUGAGUGUUGGGAGAAGCUCUUCUAAUCCUCUCCAGUUUCAACUUUUUGUUGACCACAUUACUGGACAUUUAGGAGAUGAGAAGGAACAAAAUAUUGCAGCUCAAAUAGUUCAAGUUGUUAUUGCUGGAAACUCUGUUGAAGUUCCUCAUGGACUUCUCAAUGGACAGAAUUUGGGUUCAAAGGACCAGUCCAGAUUGUUUGAGCCGAUUAAAGAGCUUGAUAUUUUGUUAACUCAGAUUGCAGCAAGUAUACCUUUGGAUAUAAUGCCAGGGUCCAGAGAUCCAGCAAAUUUUGCCCUGCCACAGCAGCCUCUCCAUAGAAUCCUUUUCCCUGGAUCAUCAGCUUAUAACACUUUCAGAUCUUGCACGAAUCCACAUUGCUUUGAACUUGACAACAUCAGGUUCCUAGGUACAUCUGGUCAAAAUAUUGAUGAUCUUGGCAAGUAUUCGGAGGCAAACAACAAUAUUGAAUUUAUGGAGAGGACAUUGAAGUGGAGACAUCUAGCACCAACAGCACCAAACACCCUUGGGUGCUAUCCUUUCACUGAUAGGGAUCCUUUCUAUGUCGAAACAUGUCCUCACGUUUAUUUUGUUGGCAAUCAGAAUAAAUAUGAAUCUCGCUUGAUAAAAGGAUCAGAAGGGCAGAUGGUAAGGCUUAUUUGCAUUCCUAGAUUUGCAGAUACUGGAGUCGCAGUGGUGUUGAAUAUCAGAAACCUUGAGUGCCAUUUGCUCAGCUUUGCCACUCAAAUCCACUUAUAAUAGCAAGGAUAUUGGUCAGCCAUGUACACGGAAGAUGUACAAUGGCAGGUGAAGAAAUUUGCAGCCGUCAAGACUCAAGAUACAAAAUCCCUUUUGCAGCUGCUGUUGCAAAAACAUGAGAUGCAGAUUAUAAGGAUUCGUAUGUGCUCUUAGCUAGUUUCUGAAUAGGCAAAAGACAUCCAUUUGACCUAGAUUUAUAGAACUCUUAUCCUGUAUCUUUACACAGAUUAACUUUUGGAAUUCUCUGUUAUUGUUCAGACAUUGUGUUUCAAUUUGAGAAACAACUCUUUGCACC